ACUGGCUAAUUCUGCAAGUGCCGUAUGCUGCGGUGUUCGAGGGAGAGCCCCUGGUGAUGCGCUGCCGUGGCUGGUACGACAAAGUCGUCUACAAGCUUCACUACUACCACGAUGGCCAGGCUGUGAGAUACUUCCAUUCCAGCACCAACUACACGGUGUUGCAAGCGCGAGCCAGUGACAGCGGUCACUACCAGUGCUCAGGCACCAUGCGCAUCCCGGUGGAGAGUGCGCCCAUGUUCUCCUCCAAGGUGGCCGUGACCGUGCAAGAGCUGUUCCAGACGCCGGUGCUGAGGACGCUGAGCCCGCAGGAGGCGCGGGGCCGCGUGGUGCUGCGCUGCGAGACGCGCCUGCACCCGCAGAAGCGGGACACGCCGCUGCAGUUCGCCUUCUACAAGUACAGCCGGCCGGUGCGCCGCUUCGACUGGGGCGCCGACUACACAGUCCCCGAGCCCGAGGUCGAGGAGCUCGAAUCGUACUGGUGUGAGGCGGCCACCACCACCCGGAGUGUCCGGAAACGCAGCCCGUGGCUGCAGCUCCCUGGGCGGGGCUCUGUCCUGGAUCUGGCGUCCACCACCGCGCCAGCCCCACAGGCUGCAGCCUUGGCGCCUGGGGACAAGCCCCUUUCCUUCCGGAAGACCCCAGUGUCCAGAUCCGUCCCGUCAGUCACUUCCGUCCCGAACAGCACCUUUGCGGGGUUGCAGUUCCCCGCGGGCCAGGUCGCCACCGCCGGGCCACACGCCUGCGCGCCUCUGCCCACGUCCGCGGACCAGUCUCGCGAAGCUCUGCAGCCCAAGGUGGACCUCCUGCUUCGCGAGAUGCAGCUGCUCAAAGGCCUUCUGAGCCGCGUGGUCAUGGGGUUAAAGGACGCGCAGGCCCUCCACGAGCUUACAGAGACCCCCGAGACACCCAAUUCUCAGGUUACUGUGAGCCCCGCAAACCCAGAGACUGCUGUCGUGGAAGGCCACGUGGAUAGCUAG